GCCUGGUGCCGAGCGGGUGCCCCUCCCUCCCCUCCCUUCCCCUCUCCACCUCUGUAGUGGAUUCAGCCAAGUUAUCGAUUCGCCUACCGUGUAAUAGUCGAAGGGUAUACUUUUUGGAUAUACUGUAGGCUAGCGACCAAGACUAGAGAACAGUUGAAAGUCAAUGCAGGCCCGUGAAGCAAGCUUAAUUUGGCGUUGUUAGCGUUCGCGGAAGUGUUACACCUGACCUCCAAAAACACAACUCCAUACCCCUGGCGGCCCAAAGUGGAACCAUCCGUUCCACGCGCCCUGCCCGCGGGGGUGGACGUUGGGCGCCCAUGACCCACACCGGUGUGCUGCUCAUUGGUGCCGGUAUGUACUGAGUACUGACGCUCACACGAUCGACCGCGCUGCACUCGUCAGUCUGCCGGUGACCCAGCUGGGGCGCUGGUGGCCGCCGCUCGUGGCUCGUGGGGAAAAAACGCCAUCAGACAUCUUCAGCUGCAGGAAACCAGCGAGACCACCAUAAAACAUUUGGAGACCUCCGAGGACCCUGCAAAGGAGUACCGAAGUGCAACAACGCCAAUCGGCGGUAUGAUGAGCUUCCAGUCCGGUGUACCGAGGAGCGCGAGGGGGUUCUUCUUUUGGAUUGCAACUGCUGUGCUCCUGAUGGUGGGAAGUCUGCAGAUUUAUCAGUCCCAACAGUACUUCAGAAACUUCGGCCCGCUGUUCGUCAACUGCAGUCAUCGCUACUGUCUUGCUUCUGGCCUUUAUGGUCAGGUGUCGUUGGGCUUACCGGGUCAGAAGACCUUUUACGGCGUGCCAGCAGAUGAGUCGUCAGUGGUACAGGACGGGUGGCAGCCACAUCCGAUAAUUCCUCCGUCAAUCGCCCGUCCCCGUCUAGUGGUGGUCGUCUCGUCAGCACCGCGCAGCGGCUCCAGCUUUCUAGGUCAGCUAAUGUCAAGUCAACGUGGCGCAUUGUAUUUAUUCGAGCCUUUUUGGUUUUACAAACAUCUUUACAACAAUAAGACCGCUGCUCCGUACAACUAUACAGCAGCAAGCGACCUCUACAACCUGCUUACUUGCAAUUUGGACGCUCUGCCGCCCAUGUUUGCCGAACGAAGACACAGUGGCUUCAUCUGGAGGAAGCCCAAGAUACUGAAGCGCGACCCCAGCAGAGUGCACCUGACUUCACUGUGUCUCAGCACUUCAAUACGUGUUAUCAAGACAAUCCGACCCCGGCUGGCAAACGUCCUACCUCUUUUGAAGCGGACGGAUCUGGACGUGCGGAUCAUCCACCUGGUGCGCGAUCCACGCGCGAUCCACAACUCGCUCCUGACGAAACACCACGCGUGGCCACAGCGACGUAGGAACGCCACACUGCUGUGUGAGGACAUCCGAGCCGAUCUACGGGCCUCUCAGAGCAUCAACAGUGACCGCUGGACGGGCGUGAGGUACGAGGACUUGGUGGAAAGGCCAGCAGAUGAGGCCAAACGUCUCUUAGAGUUUCUGCAGCUGCCACUAACAAAUGAGACGUUAGACUUUAUACGAACACAUGCCCGAAGUCGCGACGCUCCUAAAAGUCCUGACACUGCGGGAAAUUCCACUAAAAGAGACCGCGGUCACGCUGCCGAAAACCGUGGCCAGGAUGUCGCUGACGAAACCAAAGAUGAAGAAACUCAAACAGUGGUACAAGGCGACAACAACCACAGCCAGAAGCAAAUAGCGACAGCUGAAGAUAAGCUCUCAGCACUGGCAGAAGGCAAUCAGCAUGGCCAACUCCGAAACCCAUGAAGGGGAUUGCUGAGGGAACGGGCCGAAUUUCUGAAGCAGUGAACAGUAUUUUCGCAGCUGUGGGCGGCUCAACUGACGAAAGAGGAUCGCCUGGUUCAGGUCGAUUCGCCCGAAGGUUGCAUAGGUCCAAUGUAUUGGGACACAUUCGUCCUGAUGCAAGAAACACCAUUGCUGGGGACACACGAAGGCGACGAGACACCGCACUGGUCAGCACACAUCGCGGCACACCACGACGCCUUCUAGCAAUCGGUGAAGAGGACGAGCCUAUCCAACAGAAACCCAAACCCAAGACCAGAGGCGGUCGAGCGCCCACCUUCCGCCGUUUGACCAGAAAUGAGUAUGUCAGAGCCUUGAAAAGACGGGAAGUCUUCAAGAAGAAGAAGAAGGGGCCCGCUUAUUACUUUGCUACUGUGCGAGGCGCAGAGUUUGAUAGGCUGCACUGGAUUCGUGAGCUGCCUCCUGCCGAGCGCAGUAACGUUGAAAAUGCAUGUGAAGACGUGUUGGCUAGUCUAGGCUAUCCGCUUCGUUACCCAGAAGAGAACAAUGGGCUGUGAUCGAGUCUGUUUCAAUUAGGGAAGCACAAUAUCGCUUGAGUGAGAUGCGUGCUGCUCAGGAUUUUGAACCUACAGAAAGUGAUAUUGGCAAAUGUGUAUUCAAUCGUAAGGAGCUAAGAUGACUGUACCCCGUGUAAAGAUUCACAAGCAUGCAUGCAGUUGCAGAAUAGUUGGCAUGUAUUCUUUAGAUAGGAUUUUUAAGCCAGUAUCGAUUCCCAACAAGUCAAAACCUAGAGAUACGUAUCAUUGCACUAUCAAUGUAAUGCUAUGCUGUUGUUUUGCUGAUGUUCGUGAGUGCAGAUAUUCACAUCAAAAUGAUGACACAUUGCGAUUGUCCCUAUGGUGACCACGUGUAUUAGUGUGUUUUGCCUCACAUUGUGGGCUGCAGAGUCUUUCUUUUGAUUAUUUUGUUGUCUCAUUGUAUAGAAACAUGCUAUUUCAGGUUUGUGUUGAGCUUAGUUUUCCAGGCAUGGGUGAUCAAGUUGCAUUUCCUAUUGCAUAUUUGAAUAAAGCGCUAUAAAGA